CGUCGACCAAUAGGAUCGAAGACUGUACAAAGCAAUCUCGUCCCUGCCCCCACGCAGCUUCAUCUCACUAACACGCCAAAUGCGCUGAGCUGCGGCACAGGCAGAAAGGAAUCGGCUCCUUUUGGCACGACGUAUUGUUGUUGGGUUUUGAUGAUAGUUACUAUUUCCCCACCUGAAAACGAAUCGAAGGCGGUUUGCUGGGCUCGGGCGGCUUGAAGGUGUGCCGACUGCGGGGUUAUUAACCCGCUUGCGCGGACGUGGGGCUCGGCGCCGAGAGAGGAUGUCGCUGAGGAUGUUUGCGUCGUAACGGAGCGAGGAUGACAAAGACAAUCGGAUCCCGAGACUGGCGACGGCGGGCUCUUUUGUGGCCUUUUCUCUUGUGGACUACGGUGGGGGCGCAGACUCGUUACAGCAUCCCGGAGGAGCUGAAGCGAGGUUCGGUGGUGGGCAACGUGGCCAAAGAUCUGGCCCUGGGACUGUCUGAGAUAUUUGAGCGCAAGCUGCGGGUGGCCUCCGAGGCCGGGAAGCAGCAUUUCAGCGUGGAUGCGGCCAAGGGCGAGCUGCUGGUCCACGACAGAAUAGACAGAGAGGCUUUAUGCGGACAAAGCGCCAGCUGCGUGCUCCCUCUGCAGGUCGUCGUCGAGGAGCCGCUGCACUUGCAUCGGAUCGAGGUGGAAAUACGAGACAUCAAUGACAAUUCACCUCGUUUCCCUGCGCAGGAAAUUAACCUUAAAAUACCAGAAUCUGUUGCAGGGGGGACGCGCUUUCCUCUGGAGAGUGCAGAGGACCCGGAUGUCGGAAGCAAUUCCCUGAAAACGUAUUCUUUAAUGAAAAAUGAAUAUUUUUCCUUGAAAUUUAAAAGCGAAAACAAUGGCCCGACUGCGCCAGAGUUAGUGUUGGAAAAAUCAUUGGACAGGGAAAAAACAUCCAUUCAUCAGUUGCUUUUAACAGCGCUGGAUGGAGGAAACCCUGCAAAAUCUGGAACAUGUACAAUUAUGAUAGAUGUACUCGACAAUAAUGACAAUGUUCCUCUGUUUGAUGAAAAAGAGUAUGCUGUCUCUUUAAAAGAAAAUAGCACCAAAGGAACGUUUGUAUUGAGAGUAAAGGCGACAGAUGCAGAUGAUGGUGUCAACGGCGAAAUUAGAUAUUCUUUUGGGUCUCGCACUGCAGAAGCUGUUUUAUCAACAUUUGAAAUUCAUGAACAAACUGGACAAAUUCAUUUAAAGGGUGCAUUGGACUAUGAAGUCUCCCCAUCUUAUCUGAUUGACAUAACUGCAAAAGACAAAGGUGUGCCUGAAAUGGAAGGCCACUGUCGCCUGCAACUUAUUAUCGAAGAUAUUAAUGACAAUGCUCCCGAAAUUGUUCUGACCUCGAAACCCAGUCCUAUAAGGGAAGAUGCGCCACUGGGCACAGUGGUGGCUUUGAUUAGUGUCAAAGACAUCGACUCUGCUAACAACAGCAAAGUAACGCUCCGGAUUCCUAAAGGCUCCCCUUUCAUUCUGAAACCGUCUUUCUCAAAUAAUUACGCGCUGGUCACCAGCGGCGCUUUGGACCGAGAGAGCGUGUCCGAGUACAGGAUCGAGGUGACGGCCACCGAUUCGGGCUCUCCUCCUCUUUCCAGUCAGACCGCCAUCACCGUCAGCGUCAGCGACGUCAACGACAACCCUCCCGUCUUCUCGCAGACUUCUUAUAACGUUUACGUAAAAGAGAACGGCGCCGCCGGCGCCAUCCUGCACUCGGUGUCGGCGAGCGACCCGGACGCCGGCCAAAACGCCAAAGUGUCCUACACGCUGCUGGACAGCAAAGCGUCAGCGGCGCCGGCGGCGUCGUCGUACGUUUACGUGAACGCCGAGAACGGCAGCAUCUACAGCAUGAGCUCGUUCGACUACGAGAAAGUCCAAGUGUUCGAGGUCGGGGUGGAGGCCAAGGACCGGGGCUCUCCGUCGCUCAGCAGCACCGCCACCGUCCACGUUUUCAUCCUGGACCAGAACGACAACGCCCCCGCCGUCAUCUACCCCUCCCCCCACGCCGCCUCCCACCUGAGGGCGCCCCGCUCGGCCAAGGCGGGCCACCUGCUCACCAAGGUGACGGCCGUGGACGCCGACUCGGGCCACAACGCCUGGAUCACCUACAAAGUGGCGGAGGCCACGGACGCCUCUCUGUUCACGCUCAGUUUGUACACAGGGGAGGUGAGGACUAAACGCGCCGUGUCCGAGCACGACGACUCCUCUCAGAGGCUGAUCGUCGAGGUCAAGGACGACGGGGAACCGGUCCGCUCGUCCACCGUCACGCUGUCCGUCCUGCUGGAGGACGCCGUCAGCGAGCCCGCCUCGGAGCCGCACGGACGCCGCUCGCUGUCCGAGCCCGGCCACAAAGGCGGCGGCGGCGGCGGCAGGAUCACGCUGUACUUGAUCGUGUCCCUGGCCUCGGUGUCCGUGCUGUCUCUGCUGGCGUUGCUCACCUUAGCCGUCAAAUGCGCCAAGACCGGCGGCGGCGGGGCCGCCUGCUGCCCGGGCGUCGGACGGCCCCGCGACGAGAAGCCCAACAGAAAUCUGCACAUUCAGCUCAACACCGACGGACCCAUCAAGUACGUGGAGGUUCUGGGGGGAGACGUCAUGUCUCAGAGUCAGUCCUUCCGGUCCUGCGUGUCUCCCGGGUCCGAGUACAGCGAUUUCACGCUGCUCAAGCCCAGCGGCACCGCCGACUUCAAGGAGGUCAUCGGCGUGCUGGAUGCGUCUUUGCCGGACAGCGCCUGGACCUUCGAGAGCCAGCAGGUGAGCCCACCGUUCGCUUUGCAAACAGAGGCCGGAAACUGCUCCUCGUGCGCAUUUCCCCAACAUUUCUCUCCCGCUAUCAGUCGAGGAGUCCAGUCGCUCGGCUCCCAUCUGCAGUCUUGAAAUGUUGUCAUGACGCCAUACAUUUCAUUUGACGGUACUGAUGUCUGUGGGAUGCAUUCAGUGGUCAAACUGGAUCGGUUCAGCACCACAACCGCGGACAGUGUCUCCGAAACUGCAGCGACAAAUCGGGUUUAUGACGUCAACAAACUCGGGGUUGUUUCAUUUUAUCUUUCAAUUAGUUGCCCUUUUGGUGACUUGCUUACUUAGUGGCAGUCCUAUUCACUGAAAUGGCUACGUGUGACUCCAUGUUGUGAAGGGGUGAAAAUAUGUCCCAUUCUGAAACAUUUCCAAUACUGGGAUUUAUUUAUUUGUAUUCAUAUUUUUCCGGGGUGAUGGGGGUGCGGUGUAUGUGUAGGAUGUUCCCCCAUGGUGGUAUUAGCUCAUGCAAACUCUUUUCCUCUGGCAAAGCCAGAAAAUUGUGUUUUUUAAUGUGAAAAACAACCGGUUAAUGCAUAUGACUCAAUCUGUUCCUGAAUUAACUUUUAGCAAAGUUUUAAAAAAAAUGUAUGCAUUUAUCUUUCACUCAGUAGGCCACGUUUAUUGACUUUUAUUUGUAUGUACUGUAUGCAGUCAGUCAAUAUGGCCAAUGAAGUUACUUAGCUAACCAAACCAUGGAUCCGUCGCUGUCGGUUGGAUUCGUCUAUGGAUAGGUUUUCAAUUCCGCCAUCUUGUGUGUCAUAGAGGUCAGAGAACACAGGUGAUAGGAGAAGCUUGAAGUUUUUUUUCUAUCGUUGAUUUAUCCGAUUGGUCUGAGGACUGUGGCGACGUCAUUGGAAACCUGUCCAUUUUCAGCUCCUUGCCGACUUUGACGCUCAGCUCGGAAGGUUCAAUGUGGCAACAACGUUAGCACAAUUCGCAUCAGCUUCGUCAGCUGUUUAAAAAAAAAAAAAAAAAAAAAGACCCAACCUCAAGUAACUUGAAUAUUUUUUCAAGCCAGGAAAAGACAGCGAUUCCAAACAGUCGCUCAGGCGUUAAUGUCGUUUUUCAUCCCUUUUGGCAUUUUUGAGCGGCAACCUUCGCAUUCACGGUGAGGUCAGCUCAAAGGACCCAAAGAGGCAUCAAAGGUGUCCAACAUCUUGCGUGACGAAAUCAAAAGACAAAUCAAAACUAAAUAAGGGCAGCUGAUAACCGUGAAAUUGGAAUAUAACCACACCACAUUGUUUCCAAAGAAGGACGUUUUUUUCUUCUUUUUUUUUGUCACAUGUACUUCAUCAUGACCUUUUCAUUUUAUCACAUUUCAGCGCCUCAAACGGGGUUAUAGCGUCUUGAAAUGUUAAAUGUUCUGUUAAAAUAGUCGUUCCCAC